AUGCACCCCCUCCUCUCGCUGCGCGCCUCGCUGCUGCUCGUCGGCUCGGCCGUCCCGCUCGCGCGCCCGCCGCGCGCGUCCGCCGUGCGCGCCUGCGCGCGCGCCGCCGUUGGCCGCCCAAAGGCUGUCGGCUGGGACGGCGCCCGCGGCCUCGCGAGGCGGGCGGGCGGCGCGCCGCUGCGAGAGCCGUUCACCGUGCUCGGCAUCGAGACGAGCUGCGACGACACGGGCGUCGCCGUCGUGCGCAGCGACGGCGAGAUCCUCGGCGAGGCGAUCGCGUCCCAGGCGGAGCUGCACGAGGCGUGGGGCGGCGUCGUGCCGGGGAUCGCGCGCGACGCACACCGCGACGCGCUGGGCGGGGCGGUCGAGCUGGCGCUGCGGCGCGCCGGCCUCUCCUCCGCAGCCGAGGUGGACGCCGUCGCCGUCACCGUCGGGCCCGGCCUCGAGAUAUGCUUGCGGGUCGGCUGCGAGGAGGCAGUGAGGCUGGCGACUGCGCACGGCAAGGCGUUCGUCGCGGUGCACCACCUCGAGGCGCACGUGCUGAUGGCGCGGCUUGCGUGCCACCCGCCGCCGCCCUUCCCCUUCCUCACGCUACUCACCUCGGGCGGCCACUGCCAGCUCCUCCUCACCCGCGGGAUUGGAGACCACCAAGUAAUCGGCUCGACUCUGGACGACGCUCUCGGCGAGGCGUACGACAAGGUGGCGAGGCUGCUCGAGCUGCCCGUCGGCGGCGGAGGAGGCCCCGCCCUCGAGUCGCUCGCGCGGGAGGGCGACCCGUCGGCGACGCCGCUCCCGGUGCCGAUGCGGAACAAGCCCUCCUUCGACUUUUCGCUGGCGUAUCACCGCAGGCUCAAGACGGCGGUGCGACUCGCCGUCGAGAGGGCGAGCGAGGAGGAGCGCGCCUCGCCCGCCUUCCGCGCCGGCGUGGCGGCCUCCUUUCAAAACGCGGCGCUGCGCCACCUCGAGAUGCGGCUGACGCGCGCCCGCGACUCGCUCGGCUGCGCGCCAGACACGCUCGUCCUCUCGGGCGGCGUCGCGGCCAACGCUGAGCUGCGGCGGCGCACGCCCUCGCCGCGCGACGACGGCGCGCCGUGGCGCAUGGUGGUGCCGCCGCCGCGCCUCUGCACCGACAACGGCGUCAUGGUGGCGUGGGCGGCAGCGGAGCGGCUCAAGCUCGGCCUGACCGACGCGCCGGACGUGGAGCAUGUGCGCGCGAGGUGGCCGUUGGGCCGGCCGUUGCAGGGGGGCGAGGAGGCGCCGCUCAGGGUGAGCGCCAAUCGCAACCAGCCACGGCGCAGACCGGCGAGCGAGCCGGGCGCGGUCGAGCCCACCAGGCCAAAGACGAACGCCGGUUCGACGUCGUGA